AUGGACAACGACUACGAAAGUGUACUUUUAAUUAUACGCGAAUGCUUCGUAUACAAAAUCCCCCCUCGAACAGCAGCUAGAGGUUAUAGAGCUUCAGAAUGGGGUGACCUUGGCAGUUCUUUCCUUUGGAAAGGCAGACUACGCAUUUUGGCAAAAGGAGAUUCGUGUUCGAUCCGAUUAGAAGACGCCAACACUGGUGAACUUUUUGCAUUGUGUCCGUAUAACCCUGCUACGAAUUCUGUGGAAGCUGUUUUGGAUUCCAGUCGAUACUUUGUGCUCAAGAUCGAGCAUGAGGGUCGUCAUGCUUUUAUUGGUAUGGGUUUCCAGGAACGUAGCGAUGCAUUCGACUUUAAUGUAGCUUUGCAAGACUUUACAAAACAAUUGCAAGCGGAAAAGAAAGCUGCAGAAAGAGCUGCUCAUGCGGACGAUUUACCAAAGAAGGAUUAUAGUUUGAAAGAAGGCCAAACUAUUAGCAUCAAUAUUGGCAAUGUUGGAGCCAAACGCAACAGACCAACUGCAACAUCAUCGUCAUCGUCAUCCAGCAGUAGCUCUCCUGCAUCUGGAGGCAUGGUGCCGUUAAUCCCACCGCCACCCUCUGCUGCUCAAGUCAAACAACAGCAGCAACAACAGCGAAAUAACAACAGCCUGUUUUGA